GGGGCUGGUGCGCGGGGGGUCGCCGAGCCGAGUGGGAGCAAGCGCGAGAGCGGCUGCAGGCAGCGGCGGGGCGGCAUGGCGAGCACGGCCUUGGAGAUCAUCGCCUUCACGGUCUCCAUCUCGGGCUGGGUGCUGGUGUCCUCCACUCUGCCCACCGACUACUGGAAGGUGUCCACCAUCGACGGCACUGUCAUCACCACCGCCACCUAUUUUGCCAACCUAUGGAAGAUGUGCGUUACCGAUUCCACCGGCGUCGCCAACUGCAAGGACUUCCCCUCCAUGCUGGCGCUGGAUGGCUAUAUCCAGGCGUGUAGAGGACUCAUGAUCGCUGCGGUCAGCCUGGGCUUCUUCGGUUCCAUUUUUGCACUCUUCGGGAUGAAGUGUACCAAAGUCGGAGGCUCAGACAAAGCCAAAGCUAAAACUGCUUGCUUGGCUGGGAUUGUUUUCAUAUUGUCAGGUCUGUGUUCCAUGACAGGCUGUUCCCUGUAUGCGAACAAAAUCACAACAGAAUUCUUUGAUCCUCUCUUCAUGGAGCAAAAGUAUGAGCUGGGAGCUGCUCUCUUCAUUGGAUGGGCAGGAGCCUCUCUCUGCAUCAUUGGCGGGGUCAUAUUUUGCUUUUCAAUAUCUGACAACAACAAGACACCCAGAAUGGCCUACACAUACAACAGUCCCACGUCUGUCAUGUCUUCUCGGACCAAGUAUCACGGCGGAGAGGGAGAUUUUAAAACCACAAGCCCUUCAAAACAGUUUGAUAAAAACGCUUAUGUCUAAAUAGACCUCCUGGCAAGCCGGGCCUCAAGUUUGCCAUGAACUGUUUCCAAGGCCCCUCCUGUAAUUACCGCUUUGGCUUUUUUUUUUAAAUAUGAAUUUGAAGACUGUUGAUUGGACAGAUGUAAAUGCUCUUAUGGUUAUAUGCUAAUCACUUUCUGUUGUGCCUUUCUCUAGGGAAAAUAAACAGGUUAUCUACAGGAUCUGUGUAUUCCAUACACAUGGACACUCUUAGUUCCAAGGCUCAGGAAAUGUUGGGGUUGACAAGUCACUUUGCUCUUUAGUAUGCUGAGAGCUGCCCUCAUUUUGCCCGCAUAUGAGACAGGAGCUCGUGGGCGACGACGGUGUCUUGUGAAUGGGAUGGGGAACAGUUAGAGAACAUUCGUCACCAGGUGUCCAAGUCAAACAGACACACGUUAUUAAAUCUGCCGGGUAGAGUUGCCUUCUACUUUUUUAAAGCUGUCUGUCAUGCGUGAUGACGGCUCAAGAGAGGGCUAACGAGGCCAAGGUCUCAUUGCCCUUUGCACGGCUCUCAUAGACUACAUAGGGUUUGCCUUGACACUGAAAGCUCAACAGGUGAGCUGUGCGCUGGUGGUGGUUGGAUCCAAAGCCAGCUAAGGAAGGUUCUAGAGCAUGUUGAGUGGUGCCUGCUGCCCUCAUUUCCUCUGUCUUGUGGGUCCUACACCCAGCGCUCAGCAGGUCACUGAGACACUGGCUGUUUCUCAAGACGCGGAACAAUGCUGCAGAUUUAUUCCUGAGGCUGGCCCUGCAUGUCACUUGCCCACAAAGGCAGUGAUUGUUUCCACUGCCACACAGUUUAUGAUAGUGCCCAUUUAUACUUACAACACCCUUGAUGGCAGGGAGUUGGCGUUUUCCUGCGUGUAGCGAAGAAAAGUAAAGUGGAGAGUCGAAGUGAGGAGCCCUUUUAGAGACAGGGCCGGGACAGGAGCUGGGGUGGCCUCGGGUUAAACAUGGAUGGGUUCCAAGUUGUGAGAAUCGGAACCUGUGCCCAGUGCUACAAAUUGCCCAGGACGAAUCACAUGGGUGACUGCGUGACUUUCCUGAGGAGUGAAUGACUGAAAAGGAAAAGUCACAUUGUUUGCAGGUACUCAAUGGAAAGAAAAAUGUUUUUUAAAAGUACAAUUAAAAAAUUUUCAAAUGCCA